AUGUUCGGUCAUAAAUUUACAACACAUCAUACGACUAUUGAAAAAAUGAAAAGAUUCAUUUGUUUAGUUUGUUGUUUGUUUUCAAUCGCAAAUUCGAAAACAUUACGCGGUGCAAUCAACUUAAGAAAUGCUGCUCUACUUAGUAAGUAUGAAAAUGUAAAUGCUGGGAGCGCUGAGAAGUUCAGUAUUUUUGUGGCAACUCGCGAUGAACGGAACGGCAGCAGCUUGGACGCUGUCUACAUCAUCGACAGACCUGGACGUUUCUUGAACGGCCGCUUGUCAGAAGUUCAGCCGAUUGCAUUCGAUAAGCUCUACAAUUGGCCAAAAGAAGUUCAAACGUUCGAAAAUGUGGUUGCAGGAAUAAAAACGGUGAUGAUUCCAGAUGGAGGCGACAUUCUGGGCAAACUGAAAGGGCACAUCUACAUCGCCAACAUAACUGACAUCAACAACAUUGUUUCGUACGAUAUCACAUCAUCACCGCAUCUCAAUGAUGAUGUUUAUUAUUUUUACAGCGAUGCGUUCUUGAAACAGCUUUCGCCCAGUGGUGAGAAGGACAUUUUAUCAUGCAGAACUGUGUUUGUUUCAGGAGUAUAUAACAGAUCUGAGCUUGUUCUUCUGAAGAGACCAGAACCGGGUUAUGAAUUUUCAAAGCCAUGGAGAGAUACUGUUCUUUUGCAGAAUGCAUGUGACUCGUUCCUCUUUCCAAUACAAUUUCCUGCUCCCAACUCCCAAAAAUGGGAUGCUGUAUAUGCCGUCGGUACUUAUGCGAAACAAUUGAGUGUCAUGUGGGCAGAGUCUGAAGAUGGGACGCCAGGCAGUUGGAAUGAUCCGAGUCAGUUGAAAAUGGCAGCUGUUGACAAAGGAAGAAAAUUCUACGACCUGAUAAGAGUUGACAUCAACAACGACAAAAAGUUGGACGUCAUUGUUUCAAUCAUAUCUGAAAUUAACGGCUCCAUUGAGAUUUGGGAGAUUCCUGAAAAUGAUUUCAGAUCAAUAGAAAGCUACAAGAAACAUGUGCUGGACACAUUCGUUCCAAGGUCUCGUGCAGGUAGUCAAGCUCCAGGAGCCAUGUAUGUUCAACAUGUCACCUCAAAGAAAAUCGGCAAACCUUGGAUAUUUGUAGCAGGGAGUGGCGACGGACGCGCCUACUACUACGUGCCACUCUCACAAGAUCCACUGGAUUGGAGGUACUCCAAAAAAGUUCUGGACGACUACGGAGCAGGAGAAGAUGUUAGCGGCCUACAAGUGCAAGACCUCGACGGAGAUGGAGCUGUGGAGGUCUUCGUAAGUCUCAAUGUACAAGGUGCUGUAAAGAUCUACAGCUUCAGUGUUGACGACGAAUGA